AUGCUCGCAGCAAUCGGACAGCCGGUGCCCAACACAGAACACGCUGUGAGCGUGUCGCUGCCGUCAUGGAGAAGCACGGUGGGCUAUGAAGAAGGGGAGGAGUGGGUUGUGUCGAAGAUGAAGACGGGCUACCCGCGGUUCUUCAUCCACCUGAUCAUCCAGGAGCUGCAGAAGGAGAUCUUAAAGCUGUACGGCCAGCCAGAAGAGAGUGUGAUGCUGUUCCCGUCGGUCGCAACGGCGACGCUAUGCCAGAGAUUCCUCUACGACAAGGUUGACGGGCUGGACCGUGGGUUGGUGCGGAUCCUGCAACUUCAGCCGGUGGUCAAGCAGAACACGAGUCGGGAAACGACCCUGUCUGGCCUGGUCUGCGUGUUUUUCCCCAAGGAGCACUUCAGCGUCGCCAAACAGGUCUGGCAGCAUUCCGGCGACGGCAUCUCCAGCCGGCGUGGGGAGUUCUGCCUGAAGGCGUUGAGAGACGGCAUUCUACGACCCGUCGCCACGCCAUCUACCUCCAACCCGUUGUCGUCGAAACCGAAACACGACGAUCUCUAUAUCAAGGGCCCGCGGCGAUAUCAUAAUCGGCCGGCGUCGCGGAACGGCCUCAUCCAUGACUCCCCUACUACCUCCACGACGACCACGACAGCAUCCAGUCCGACGGUGACCGAGCCUACGGGCUUCCCACAUCAGGCUAGCAGCAUUCUGGCCGAUGCCGACGUGGAGGACAAGGAUCACGCUCAAUUCGUGGAGGAGCGGUUUGGGCGGAAUCUCAGCAUCAAGUUGGCGACCCAGGCGAAGCUGGCCAUCCGACGCCGAAUCAGCGGCUGUCUGACGGACGACUCGGAACUCGACCAAGCACUGGCCAGCUCGCCCGGCGACUGCAGCGGGCGGCAACGCGGUCUGUCAGAGGACGACGUGUACCUGUACCCGACGGGCAUGUCGUCGAUCUUCAACGCGCACCGGAUCCUGCUGGCCAACGCGGCCGCCAAGGGCCAGGAGCCGCGGCGGAGCAUCUGCUUUGGGUUCCCGUACAUCGACACGCUAAAGAUUUUGCAGAAAUGGGGGCCCGGGUGUGAGUUCUACGGCUUCGGCAGCGCGGCGUGCUUGGACGACCUGGAACGGCGACUGGAAUCCGGCGAGCGGUUUCUAGCCCUGUUCACCGAAUUCCCCAGUAACCCGCUGCUCAACUCGCCGGACCUGGUGCGCAUCCGGCGGCUGGCGGACAAGUACGGGUUCGCGGUGGUGGUGGACGAGACGGUGGGCAACUACAUCAACACGGACGUGCUGAGCCACGCCGACAUCGUGGCCAGCAGCCUGACCAAGGUGUUCAGCGGCGACAGCAACGUCAUGGGCGGCAGCGCCAUGCUCAACCCGCAGAGCCCGUGGUACGCCGAGCUCAAGGCCACCAUGGCGCGCGAGUACGAGGACAACUACUGGGCCGAGGACGCGGUGUUUAUGGAACGCAACUCGCGCGACUUCAUCUCGCGCAACGCCCGCAUCAACUCCACCACCGAGGCCAUCGCCGCCACCCUGAAAGCCUGCCCUAUGAUCAAGGAGGUCUACUAUCCCAAAUACAGUCCGUCGCGCCCCAACUACGACGCCUGCCGCACCCCGAACGGCGGCUACGGCGGCCUGCUCUCCGUCGCCUUCCAACACCCGGAACAGGCCGUCGCCUUUUUCGACGCCCUCGAGGUCCAGAAGGGCCCGAGUCUGGGCACGAACUUCACCCUCGCCUGUCCUUAUGCCGUGCUCGCCCAUUAUGUCGAACUGCCGUGGGUGGCCAGCUGGGGCAUUGACCCGGAUAUCGUCCGACUGAGUGUUGGCCUGGAAGAGCCCGACGAUCUGACGGGGAGGAUUGAGAGGGCUCUGAAGGCGGCUGAGUUGGCCAAGGGAGAGAAAUAA